AGUUGUGAAAAAUCCAAAAAAAAAAAAAAAAAAAAGCAAAACGAUAAUAAACAGAAUUGAGAACAAAACUGGUAGUCUUUUGUGGCUGAAAUAUUAGCAAGCAAUGGAAGCUCCCCUUCUCCUUCAUUCAUCAUCACCAGAAGAAACCCCAUAAUUGCUUUUAAGGGGAGCUUUGACGUAACUGGUUAAGUUGCUGCUAUGUGACCAGGAGAUCACGGGUUCAAGCUGUGGAAACAGCCUCUUGCAGAAAUGCAAGUUGCUCUCAGUGAAGAAAAUCUACUUUUGUUGGAGGCAUGGAGAACAAUUGACUGUGCAUAUAUUGACAAAACCUUCAAUGGUCAAAGUUGGUUUAGGUACAGAGAAGACGCCCUACGAAAUGAACCAAUGAACACAAGACAGGAAACAUAUGCAGCAAUAAAAAAGAUGAUUGCCACUCUAGAUGACCCUAUCACCCGUUUUCUGGGGCCUGAAAAGUUCAAAAGUUUGCGGUCAGGAACUCAAAAUGCACUUACUGGAGUAGGGUUGUCAAUUGGCUAUCCAACAGGGAAAAAUGAAUCAGCCCCUGGACUGGUCGUUAUAUCAGCUUCUCCUAGAGGUCCGGCAAAUAGGGCUGGCAUCUCAUCCGGCGAUAUCAUCUUACAAAUUGACAAUACCAGCACGGAAAACAUGGGUAUAUAUGAUGCAGCAGAACGGUUACAGUCAAUAUCUCAAAAUAUUUUCUGAUUCUAAGAUCCUAAUAUCAACAGAGGACCUGAAGGAAGUGGUGUGGAACUAACUGUACUUUGUGGAUCCGAGACAAGGCAGCUACUAUUGAUAUGUGCUCAUCUUGUUGAACUCUUCUAAAGUUUUCUAUGGUCUUCAUACUUGUGUUAGUUUUAAACAUGACUUAUUAUAUGUAUCAAAGAAAAAACUAUUAAUGCAUCUAUUAUUUAAGCUUUCUCUAA